UCGUUUUCAUAGUCAUUAACAAAAUGGCGGAUGACAGGCCAGGUGGCGGCAAACUCAAUGCUGGCGACAUUUUGAUCCGUGCGGAUGGAACGAGAGAAGAGUUGAAAAUUGCAGUAAAUGUAGCAAUUGAAAAGUUUCGCCAAGAAGAAGAUCUAAAGGAACUUACAUUGCCAUCUUCCUUGACAUCUGCUGAACGGGCCUAUGUUCAUCGUUACUGCCAAAAAUUUGGCUUGAAAACGAAAAGCCGUGGAUCAGGUAGCCAAAGAUCAUUGACUGUGUACAAGAAAGAGAAGUCAAUUAGUUCGUCAACGUUUGAUCUUAAGCUGUCUACAAACAGCAUUAAAUGUAUUGACCAUUUCUUGAAGAAAUACCCAGUUACAAACAAAGAAAAUCAAGACAUUGGUCAAAAGCGAAUUUUGAAAGGUUCCGGGCACGAUAACUCAAAGGUUAUUAUAAAAGAGAGUAAGUUUUUGCUAGGAUCAAACCCGCAAGUCCCACCAAAAGUAAGAGAAAAUGAUUCCAACUCCAACCGGACCAAACUCCCUAUUUACAGUUAUCGAGAUAAGGUGCUCAAAAGUAUAAAAACCAACCAAGUUACCUUGAUCAGUGGAGAUACAGGAUGCGGAAAGACUACUCAGGUGGGGCAGUAUAUUCUUGAAGAUGCUAACAAACGUCAGCAGCCUUGCAGAACAAUUAUUACACAACCAAGAAGAAUAUCAGCUAUUUCAGUUGCUGAAAGAGUUGCCUAUGAAAGAGGGGAACAGAUUGGACAGACAGUUGGAUAUCAAAUUCGCCUGGAAAACAGAGUUUCUCCAAAAACAUGCCUCUUGUAUUGCACAAAUGGUGUACUAUUGAGACUGCUUACAGCUGGGCACAAAGUCCUUUCCAAUGUUACACAUAUAGUUAUUGAUGAAAUACAUGAACGGGAUAAGUUCAGUGACUUUUUAUUGAUCUGCUUAAGGGAUCAAUUGAAAGCUUACAAGAACUUGAGAUUAAUUCUCAUGAGCGCUGCACUGAAUAUUGACCUGUUUAAGGAGUAUUUUGGCAACUGCCCAGUUGUUCAUGUCCCUAGUAUGUGUCACAAAGUUGAAUCAUAUUUCCUUGAAGAUGUUUUGCAAAUGACUGACUAUACAAAUAAAGCAAUGGAAAAAAUCAGCCUCAAAACAGGCAUGAAGCCACAGCAGAGUUUUGAACAACUCAAAGCUGGAAGUAUCAAGGUUCUAAAAAAGGGUGAAGUAGAUGAAGAACAAAAGCCUCAGGUGAAGGCUGUAGAGUAUCAAGAUCCAAAGGGGAAAGAUAGCAAUGAUGUCGAAAAGAAGGACGCUUCCACAUUGCCACAAGACACGGUUAACACAGAGAUUGCAUCCAUGAAAAGUCUUCAAAUCAGUGAUGAUAACAGCAGCUGUCUUGACUUGGAGGUGAAGCAGGAAAUGGACUCGUGCUUGAAGACGGCAUGGGUUGAUGGCAAUGAAGAGGUCUUCGACCAGAUUCUACAUUUGAUUCUCAAUGAAAACGUCAACAUAGAUUUUAGGCACAGCGAGACAACAAUGACAACACUGAUGGUUGCAUCUGCUCGUGGGUUCUCCAACCUUGUGGAGCAUUUGCUGGAGAUGGGCGCAGAUCCUGAACUGAAGGAUGAAAAGCAAUGUUGGUCUGCAAUGGACUGGGCCCGUAAUUUCAAGCAGGGUCAUAUCAUGCAGAUAUUUGAUAAUUACAUGGAAUUGCACCAUGAGGAUGCAGAUGAAGCAACUCAAAAUGAGGAAGAUGUGAGCACCCUGCCCAAAGAGCUACAGAAGCGGCUGGAGAUGUAUCACAACACAUUUGACGAUGACAAGGUCGAUCAUAACUUGGUUUUAAAGCUCAUUUCCCAUAUCUGCAAGACCAAACAAGAUGGAGCCAUACUCGUCUUUCUACCUGGCUACGAUGACAUAGUGGGGAUAAGAGAUAGGCUUUUGGGAGAAAAGGAAUUCUCCAAACAAAGUAAAUACAUUAUUUACACGCUGCAUUCAAUGAUGCAACCCUCUAGUCAGCGAAAGGUUUUUCGAAGGCCUCCUUCUGGGGUGCGAAAGAUCAUUCUGUCAACUAAUAUUGCAGAGACAAGCGUCACUAUCGAUGAUGUAGUUUUUGUCAUUGAUUCAGGAAAGGUUAAAGAAAAGACGUUUGAUCCCCUAACUUCCGUGUCGGCCUUGAGAAGUGUCUGGAUUUCCAAGGCAAGUGCUCUGCAAAGGCGUGGAAGAGCUGGAAGAUGCAGGCCUGGAUAUUGUUAUCACCUCAUGAGUCGUUAUCGCUUUCAUAAUCUUUGUCUAUAUCAAGACGCGGAGAUUCUGCGGACACCAAUUCAUGAGCUGUGUCUCCAGACGAAGCUGUUGGCAGCUGUCAAUGUUUCUAUUGCUGAUUUCCUGACUAAGGCAGCAGAGCCUCCCCCAUUCUUAAUGAUACGCAACUCGGUCUCCUUGUUGAAAGCUAUUGAUGCGUUGGAUGAUGAAGAGGAGUUGACCGUUCUCGGGAAGUUACUCGUCGACCUGCCAAUUGACCCGCGGUUAGGAAAGAUGGUGAUAUUUGGAGUCAUUCUGAAGUGCCUCGAUCCUGUGCUGACCAUCGCAACGAGUCUUGCUUAUAGAGAUCCCUUCAUUCUUCCCACACGUGUUGAUGAUAAGCAGCGUGCAUAUUCUGCCAAAGUGAAAUUCAGUGGCCAGUCAUUCAGCGAUCAUUUUACGCUUUCCAAGAUUUUCAAAGCGUGGAGCAAGGCCAAAGAAGACGGAGACGAUCGGUAUUUUUGCAGCCAAAACUUUGUGUCAUCAGCUGCCAUGGAGAUGGUUUCAGGCAUGCGCAGUCAGUUGCUUGGUCAUCUCAAGAAUCUCGGCUUGGUAAGGCAGCGAGGGACUGGUGACAUGAAGGACUUGAAUGCAAACUCUCAGAAUAUCUCCGUCGUCAAAGCAGCUGCCCUUACUGGUGUUUAUCCUGCGCUUCUUCGUGUAGACAGGCGUUCGGUGAAGAUAGUCAGUGAAACAGAAAGCAAAGUCAGGGUGCAUCCAUCUUCGGUGCUUUACCCAGCAAAUGGGCAUGGAAAGAGCCCAACAACUAUAAGUGCCGAUAUUGUAUCGCAUUUGCCGUACGAUUGGCUUUAUUUUGAUGAAAUGACGCGUAUGCACACGGCGGUUCAAGUGAGAUGCCUUACGGCCCUCCCCGCGGUUGCGGUUGCGUUGUUAGCCGGGCCGUCGCUCAUUGUAGACGAGGAUUCCUUUCGAAGAUCAGGUGAUCCGAAUUCCGGGAAUAAAGGAAGAUAUGGAUAUGAGAAUAGUGACAGUGAAAACGAAGAAGGCAGCAAGCCAGAGCCCAAUGAUGACAAAGCAACUCUAAAGAUUGACGAUUGGAUUUGUUUCCAUGGUGAUGACGAUGCAUUGGAGUUGUUGCUGCUGUUAAAAAUGAAGUUUCUUUCAUCAUUUGUGCGGAGGAUCUCCUCAGAAGGCCGUUCUUGGUCACAGUGUGACGAGAGCGUUUUACAGUGUAUAGUGAAUGUUUUGAGUGAGGAAGAUAAUCCGGAUGCGAAAAAGGAAUCGACCGCCAACGAUGGCUCACAACACAAUAGUAAUGAUAGAGAACGAAGUGGAAAGUCGGUCACGUGGACUUCUGGACAUAGAGCGUCUCCCCGUGGUCGCGGCGGCGGGAGUACCGGACAAAGAGGUCGUGAUUACGAUUACCAAAGACCAAAACACAUGUCACGUGACAGAAGGUUUGGUAAGGAGAAUGAGAGGAGACGAAAUGAAGAGCGUGACGCUCAGACGAAUGCUCAAAAUGAAGAGGACCCUGAAAACACUGAUGGGAAUAUGGCGAAGGUUGACCGAUACUUUAUCGUUAAAUGCAACAACUACAAAAACCUCGAAAUCGCAAUGUCACGGGGGAUCUGGGCAACAACCAAAAGCAACGAGAAGAAACUGGACCGAGCGUACCGUGAUGGGGGUAACAUCUACUUGAUAUUUUCUAUUCAAGGUAGCGGACAUUUCCAAGGGUAUGCAAAGAUGGUGUCUAAGGUCACAGAUAAGCCUUGCUCUGAUUUUGGCUCGGUUAACCUUGGGGGCACAUUCUCAGUGCAGUGGAUUCAGAAGGGAGACUUGCCUUUUCAGUUUACACAAGAACUGACAAAUCCGUGGAAUGAGAACAAGAAAGUGCAGAUCAGUCGUGAUGGCCAAGAACUUGAGCCGUCUGUUGGAGCGGCAUUGUGCUCAUUGUGGAACCAAUUCGGACAACCUAUAGGGAUGAACCCCCAGCAAACUGGGCAGACAGGUGUGGACUAUCAAAUGGAGCCGCUGAUGUCCAUCCCACAGACACAGCUAGAGUCUCCUGCACCUUAUGCUGUUAUGGACGGGCAACCGCAAGCUCAGGUUUUCAUCGCAGAUGCACCCCAUUCUGCUGCAUUGUAUGGGGCACCGUACACCCCUGGUGAAGUCCGUGAUAUGCAGCCUCCGUAUCAUGCGCCGGCAGUCUAUGCACCACCCCAGCAUGUGGCUGGUUUUCCUCCUCAGCAGUUGUUGCAGUCAAGAUAUCCCCCGGCUGAAGUCUAUCAGGUUCAUCCUCAAGCAUUUGUGCCGUAUAGACGACAAGGGGGGUAUGCUCCAAGAACAAUACAUUAUUAUCAACCACCAUAUCAUUAAUUGUGUCAGGUAAGCAGUUAGUUCUUCGGAAUUUAUUUCUGCAAAAGUAUAAGUGAAAUGUACCUGGCAUAUAGAGAGACCAAAAGAAUCGAGCUAUUUUUACGUUGCAGAGAACAGAUACAAAGUCGAUGCUCCUUACACGGCCUAGUUUCUUUAUCCUCCCAAGGAGAGACAGAAAUAGACAUAAUCAAAUAAAAAUAAAGCAAAUUUCAUAUCAAUAUUAUCUCUUACGCACUCAAAACAAGUUAUAAAUUGUGCUUUCCAUGCUUCUUCAUCCUAUCAGAUUAAUGAUCAUUUGGUGUACAAGUUGGAGAAGCUAGAUAUAUUUUCGAGGUGCAGUUACCAAUAGCUAGACCUGCUCAAAUUGUUAGCCCUGUAAAGAUAGUUGAAUUUUCGCUUGUAUUUUAUCUCAUUGUUGUGUGGAGCUUUGGUAGUAAAAUAAAUGAUAUCUAAAUUAAGUAGGCAUGAGCGACGAGUAAUGUAGAAACAUAGUGACAUGUGGUUGAUCGUGGUCCGGAAGACGUGUGAUGUCUGACGUAACAUUGUGGAAAAUUUGUGCAUUAUUUUUGGCAAUUCAUAUUUUUAUAAAAUACCAGCACUCUCGAACCGUAAGCUAAAAAUGGUUUUAUUUUGGUCAGAAAUACCAGGAAUGGUGCGCUGACUGCGUAAGGUCUACAAAGAUAACAAAUUUGCAUUGAUGAUGAUGCCUUUGCUCUAGUUGUGAUCCUUUCCAAGAAGUUUGUGCAAAUUCUAUAUUCACCUAUGCGGUAGCGAUUGUGUACCAAUGUUGAUAUAAGCUCCAUUACUUUCCUGAAUUCCCACCACCUUGCCGUGGCGGCGUGUAGAAAACCCCAACUACAAGCAAAUGCUAAAUAGAGGAUCUUCACAGCUCUGGCCUAAUAAUCAUGCUAUCGUUAAUAUUUUUUCAUUUGGUCUAAGAAAGGUGUCUUUCACACACAUACUCAAGUUCAACAAGUUAUAAUAUAUUCAAUGAAAAAUUUGGUCUCCAUUUCCAGUCCUAAAUGGCAGCCUGGCGUCUAUUUUGCCUCAGGAGUUAUUUGAUGUUAAUGAAUUCUGUUUUUUGUUUACUGUGUUAGGGAGCUGUCAUAAAGUAUGGAACAGACCGGGGCGGAAGGGAUUCAGCAGGGUCAUCAAAACAUUUGAGUGCAAAACGUUGGGCAACAACUUAUUUCGAACAUUAAUCAUGGUCCGUGAAAUUGUUCAUUUAAAAUUUUUUAAAAAAGAGUUAGUCACUAUUGUCAAUAUCACUGUCACUGCUGUCAUCAGUCUCUACCAUUGUGGUAUCUUCUGGCAUUUUCAUUGUUGCCUUUUGAAAACAUUGUGUGAUUGUACUGUUUUUUGGCUUCUUCAUUCUUCUAGCCUUUUUCAAUUUGUUGGCUUCUGUUGUUACUGCCAGCUGAUCUUGAAGAUGCUUGCAGAACCUUUCUGCCAUCUUGCUGCUACCAUCCCAAUUUGUAAAAAUCCUUUUUCAAUUAGAUGUUUCAAGCCCCGCAAAUGUAACUUUGGCUUUAGAGCAUCCAUGACAUUUGAGCUGAUAGAAGCUUCCUCAAUCUGAAAAUCAAACUUUCCCUGAGCAGCGUAAUCACAGAAUAACUUAUCAUGUGUUAUUACACACAAAACUGCUCCACAGCUUUUGUGUAGCCUCAUUUUCUUCUCUUCACUCUUCUUGUCAUUUUCCAGUUUCCUCUUUCUCUUCAUCUUAUUCUUCUAUGUCUACAAAACAUUUUUUCCCCAGGAAAUAAAGCUGGCUCAGUUCUGGCCCUUCAGAGAGUGAUGUAUUUUUAAUCUUUAUUGUGUAAAGAAAAUUUGUGCUGUUUUCUGUGAUUCUUCAUCAGAAAGUUUUCAGGGGCUAUCAAAUUCUUUUAGAAAAUGUAUUGGAGCCAUGAAGAUUUUUUUAUUUCUAGCAUUGGGCUACAUGAUUUUAAUAUAAAAUUUGAAAUCCCUUCCGCCCCGGUCUGUUCCAUAUUUUAUGACAGUUCCCUUAAUGUGUGAAACUAAGGUUUUGGUAAUUGUAUCACUAGAGUAGAUUAUCGAUGCUUGAGACGGAAUGAGAGAGGAUGAAAAUCUAGAGCUCGCCACUUUUCCACCUGAGUGUUAUUAAGAUAACCUGACACGAGGCAAAUGUAAUAUGACGCAGAGUGAAAAUCCCGUGAUAUGCAGCCUUUAUUGCUUUUGUUUUGCUGUUUUACUGUUUUACUUGUAUCUAUCCUAAUUUUUUCGGUACACUCGUAAUUUGAUUGCUAAUAUUUGAGUAGUUGAAAAGAAAUAGAACUCCUAGAUUAACUUUGUCCUCUGUUCCCCUCUAUAACUUAGUAGCGAUAACAUAAUGGUAUGCAUUACAGUCUCAUUCCACAACAAUUUUUCGCUUGAUUAGAAGUUGAUUGUGGGAAAUGGUAGGGGAACAUUGUUGAUCUCUCUUUCGAUCUGGAAUCCAAAUAUCUCGUAGAUGUUUACGAGCCGUCCGAUAGUAAGUGAUACCUUGGGUUUUAUUAUGAUGGAUUCGGUCCCGUUUCUGAGUGUCUAUAGAAGCGCUUAAUUCUACCUCAAAGAGUCAGACAGAGGCAGACUCUUCACCUACACUCAUUUUUUUAUAAGAAACUGGCUAUACGAAACGAGUACUGGACAGUCAGAAAAAAAUUAAGAAACUUUAGUGCUCGAAACAAAAAAAUUAAGAAACUAUUAAAUCGUGAUAAAACUGAGAAUAACGAAAUUUUGUAAAAUCCAAGAACAAGAUUGCCCUAAAGGCCUAGAAAUUAAGGCACAGGGGAUAAAAAUAUACUUUCCACGUCUAAAUACAGCGUCAGAACUGAAGCGAAUUUCUUGACGUGAAAAAAGGUCACGAACAUUUCAUAACAUCAUUCAUGACAAUUAAGAAACUCUUAAGAAACAGUGAGUAUUGAAAUUUCCAGAACAUUAAGAAACUGGAGUAUUCAACAUCGACCUUUGAUUCUUAUAAAAAAAAUGAGUGUAUUGUAACUGCUAGUGAGAACUGCUUGGAGUAGAGCUAAGAUGCUCUCGAUCAAAGUUUUACCUACUGCCCAUAACAGUAUUAUUGAGACAACCAAGUCUAUUUACCUCAAAUAACAGUAUCCUGAACGCCUGGAAGCAUGACGAGGUAUGGCAAAACCUGAUUAUCUCUAGCACUGCUGCAAUUUUUCCAGCACAACAUCCGCUUGUAAUUAGCGUCCUGUUUAACAUGAAGAAUAUUUUCGCCACAAAGUUACAUGUGUUGGUAAAGUAAGAUCUCAGCAGUUUGAAGCUUCCUCUUAAAGACUCAUUGCUAACAAUGAGCCAUUGCGCUACGCAAGCAUCCCAUAAUGCAUUUUUAGACAGUCUGAAAUCAAUUUACUGCCAUUGGGGUAUACCGUCAAUACAAUCAUGAUGGCAGCAAUUCAAUUCAAUAGCGCAUCUGGUUUGGUUUUCAAUUCACUUCAUAGAAAUAUUUUAUUUACAUUUAAUGUUUUGCAAAUAUUCUGUUGUAAGAAAUUUGAUACAGGAAAUUCUAAGCCUUUCAAAAAAUCUCAGUACUAGCUCAGAAAUGCUAAGACAUAAUACAUAAGACUCCUUUUCCAUGAUAAUCGAAAAGUCAGAAAAAUUUUUUAACAUGCAAACCAAGCAAUAGUUUUUCUAUUUCAUUAUGAAACUUUCGGACGAACUCAAACUAAAAUGCAAAAUAUUUAUGAGAAUGUAUUUGAAUUCUGUGUCUCUGACCUGGCGGGCUCUUUUGCUUUUGUAUCAAGGAAAUGUUUUGAUUGCAUCUGUCUACAUUUGGUUUAAAUUUCUUGUGAAAAUCUUUUGUCACUGAUCAGGCUAUCUUCUAUAUGGUCGAUAUAUUCAUCUUAUUCUGUGUGAAAAUGCACAAUUUUGAAAGACACGUCUCCUAUUCGCAUAGACGAAGGGUCAGUGCUCUUUUAUGACAAGUAAACCUUCACUUAAUGCAAUAUUAAAAUUCCGUUGGAACCUUCAGUAUUUUUCCAGCCUGUCCAGAUUUUUUUGUUUCAUUUUUAUACAUAUUUUCUCACGAAAAGCUUCCUUUUGAUUCCCUAAAAACCUUAAAUUAGGGAAUAGUCCCGAAAAGAGGACACUCCCAUACUGAGCUUAAACCGACAAAAGCAUUGUGAAAAAAUGUGAAAAAACAAUUUCUAGUUCUGAUGUGAAACAAUUUUAAAAAAAUGAUGUUGCCUUAACUGAAUCAGUCAUUCUUUAAGUUAUGCCCUUGCAUUCUGAGAAAUGUUCUUGGGGUGUCAUACCCAUGGAUACAGACUACCACAAAUGGUGGAAAUUCAGGUUGUCAUUUGGGAGAGAGGGGCUCAGGCCUACGAUUUUCCGACAGAAAGCAGACUCGACUGGAUAUCCGCCACUUGAAAGCCCAAAUUUACCAAUAAGGAUGUGAAUCGGAAGAGGUUUGGGGUCCCUAGCCCCUAAUGUCUUCCUUAAAUUCCGCCACGGUCCACCCUAUUUAUGACGUAAAUCAGUAGAGUACGUCAUUUUUGUGUUAACGAGCCUGCAAGGCUCAUUCUUCUUGAACUGAUAAUUAGCCCUGGCGGGCAUGCUUUUUACGAUGAAGCGGUUCGGCAGGAUUACACAGUAUAGCAAUCAGUGUGUUGGAAAAAGAGAUAGCGGGUGGGAAGAACCUUAUGGGCAACGAAACAUCUGCCAUUUGUCAACAAUAGCUGGCGUCGAAUUUAUCAAAGAAGUCGUCCUCAGGUGGAAAUUCCUUCGACACAAUGUUGAUUCAUUUAAGGAGUUAUCAGUUGUUUGCUGGAGCAAAUUCAAGUUUUCAACGAGACAAAUUAUUUCAACUAAUUUUAUGAUUUUGUAAACAUUUCCUUCACCUGUUGUUUAUUCCAUUGCUAACACGAAAAUCAAAUUUACUUGAAAGCCUAAAGCUCUUUGGGUCGAAUAAACAUUGCAAAUAGUAGAGUCUUUUGCCUAUUCAAACACAAGGGCUGAGUUCUCAUGAAUUAGGGUGUGAAAGAUUGCAAUCAUUGUUUUCAAUGCAUUUCCUUUUUCAUAAUAGCAUUGUGUCACUAGUCACUUUAUUACGGCAGACCAUCCUCUUCGUCCGUCUCUUCAAUCGGCUUAAAUAUCGCUUGCGUAAGCGAAUUUAGUAUUUAUUCAUACUACCAAAGUCCACUUACAGGAGACCACCUGAAGGUACACCUGCGCAUUGGUUCAAGAGUAGCACAGAUGACGUAGGAGAUAUGAUGUUUAUAAAUUAAACAUUUGUGAAGUUUUAGAGCAAGCAGAGAUAAUAGUAGCAAAAACGGGUAGCUACAUGCACAGCUUUGCUUGGAAAUGAGGCUAGAUGACGUCACAACAAUAACCUGGCGAAGUGGGUUGAAGUGAUCUUUGGAAGCUAAGAACUUCAGAUCUAAUGAGACAAUAGUUGAAUUCCUGCUCUGAAAUGAGGAUUAGACUCAUAGUUCAUAGUCAUAAAUUUGAACUCAUAGCUUGGAUAACCCCCUGUCCUCCUCUCUGUAAUUCUAAGAGUUAGAAUCAUGAGAUAUAGUGAUGUGAGGUGGAGAGAUGCUUGACUUGAGCGCUUGCCGUUAAGCGUCUUUAUCGCCUCAUACCUACCAAUGAAUGCUUUGUAGACCUUUGUGAAUGCUUCUCAGCAUUUUUUAUUUUGCAUUCCCGCCAGCUUCCAUCUUCGCUCCUUUACCCAUAAAGGAAACUAAUCAAAGAGGGUUGUUCUUUUGUAAAUAAAAUCGAACACAUCUAGCUUAUGUGUAGCUUCUCAAUUCUUGAGUUUAAAAGUCGUCGUUUUGACAAUUACUAGCAACUUCCCAAUCGCAGCAAGCAUCGAAAGACCUGUUUCAAAAACUUCAACUAAAACACAAACAUUUUGAGGUACACGAGCGAGUUUUAAGUCUUUGGAUGUUUGAGUCUUUGGAUGUUUUGACCGUUGCCUAGUCUUGCCAACACCAUCUUUUCUGAACCAAUGUGCUUCGCGGGCUAAUGGUUUUGCUGCUCUUUCGUCUCUUGUCCAAAGGCACUUUGUAAGACCACUGGGUUUGGUCGUAAAGAAACAGAAACAACAGAUGCAAAUUUAGAGAACACUCGAGAAUGUCGUCAAGAGUCAAGUCAAGAGACAAGUCGAUACUGUUAGAAGUUUAUUCCGGUGUGAGCUGGAGCAGGUCAUACAAUUACUAGAACAUAUACACAGGUAAUUUCAUGUCUGAAGAAAACAAAACCUUUUUCAAGUUAUUUUAAACUUGGCAGACACCUAAAACUCUUCGAGCCAAAGAUUUCGCUUUGAAAAUACCCCCAGGGCCAUGAUCAUUUUUGAGAAGUUUGUUUUUGUAGUUAUGUGUGCAAAUAAUCAUCUAUUCAGAGGGAGUCACUUUGAAAAGAAUCCGUUAAUCAAAUUGAAUCAUCAAUAACGUCACAGUUCUUUUGUUUCCCUUGAUAAUUCGUUCCUGUGUAAUUUUGAAUCAUACAAUCAGUUUAAUUAUUCAUAUUUUUGAUAUUGUAUCUCUUGCAGCAGACAUGCUGUUGAUUGAAACAGCUUUCUUUCUGGGCCUAUGUUUAAUCAUGAUCUUAUCAAAGAUAAUGGAGAUGAAGAUCAGCCUUACGCAAACAGAAUUUGAAGUAAAGGUUUCUAUCAGCUCUCAGGAUUAUUAUAGCAACCAGUUUUUAUAUAAUUCCAUUACAUGUGCGCCGAAAAGAAUCCUUUGCCUAACAAAAACAAGAUAUUUUUGGACAAUGUUUGGCACUGUACCGCUCAAAGUUAUGUUUACAGUCUCAUUCGAUUGGAUGAAUAUCGAGGAGAUGGGGAAUCGUCUUCCUACCAAUUACUCGUCAAAUGUCUUCGGGAUUCAUAAUUGUUCUAUUUUUUACUCUUUAUAACCACCCUUUCGUCGUUGAAACAGUGUUGUUUUACCACUUAAUGGCGUAGAGAGAAUAGGCACUACGAUUUCUUAUACGACUUGCAUGAUAUUUCCCCAAGCUUUCAAUAUUGUUUUAGAGAAAUUGGAAGCAAAUGAAGAAAUGUACGGGAAACGAAAUGACUAGUAAACGUGAAAACUAGCUGUAGGGUUUUUCAUAGUUUAUGCCGAUUUCAUGAUUUUUUCGGUACAAUCAGACAACCAACUGAUGUCAGUAUGCUCUUUCGGCAGCCUCGUUUUCAGUAGACAACGAGACAUCUAGCCCACGGUUAUUGAAGCUAAAAGGCCUAUUUAAGGGGGUCCUUUCGAUCUCUGCUUGAUGUUACACCCAUUCACUAAUACAUUGAAGCACAUGUCUGUUAUAGCCGUGCACUAUUUUCUAUCCAGAUGAUAAGCCUGACCUGUGUUGCAACUUUGAACGCUUGAGUAUCAUUAUAAUCAGGAAUUCGUUGUGUUAAAAAGUAAGCCGCCCUGUAGUGGCUUUCUGUUAAUUGUAGCUUUCAGCACUAUGGUUGUUUGGCCGACCAUGCAAUCUACGACAGGCGAUUGAAUCGAACGUGACUAUUUAGAACUGACUGCAGGUCAUCAGAUAAGAGUUUUAAGCUUGUAAGCCUCUGUACUACGAAAGUGAUUUGUCAAGCAUCCAAUUUCUAAUGCUUUGUUUUUCGAUGUUUCUUUGAUGAUUCACGCUGUACUUCUAUAACAAUCUUCAUUCGCAUCAAGAACAUCUGACUCGGGCAGGCACCUGACACCGAUUAAUGAAUGAUACUCAACUGUCAUUUCGUGCGAUUAAAACUUAGCAUAUGUUUGAAAAUUUCAGUCAAUGAAAAUUCCACACGAUAAGGAUCUAACUUGCUUCAAAAGAAGCGGAUUCAUCAACCUCUUGUUUUCACCGGUGCUAGUGAAUCUACUGCAGUCGUUGACCUAGGCGAAUCCACGAACGUUGCACCCUUUAACCACAGAACAGAGAACAUUUUUUCGAUUCUGUGCUUGAACUGUAUAGUUGGGUGGGGCACCUAAACUCUAGUUUAUUGCUUACAGCUCUGUUGCAACUGGAAUGUGAAGUCUCAUUUAAAUAUGUUUUUGGACGUCUAUAAAGAACCUCAGGGUAGUCAUAUCGUUUUAAAUUUUACGCAUUGCAUACUUAGGCAUACAAUAAAGAAGUUUGAUGACUUUUUCUUCCAACUUCAAAACUGAAUGUAUAGUGUAUAGUGUUAAUGUAUGUAUAGUGUUAAUGUAUAGUUCUGUUCUUUAGAAAAACACUACAUACAACAUCGAAAUUCAGUUGCAUAAAUCCCCGCCUUGCCAUUGAAAAAACUCUCAAGUCCUUUUUUCUCAUCUCGCUAUGUCAACUUUGAGUCUAUAACCACACACUACGAGCAGAUGGGCGUCUCUGAACUUUGCAAUUAAUUUACGGAUACUGCCGAAGGAGGCUGGGUUGUACUUUUGAAAACAAGACAAAGAUGUGGCAGCUGAAAAAUUUGGUAUCCAAUUAACGAGACAUGAAAUCUCGUGAUGCCUCUACAACCAUGCAGGCUUUUAGGUAGGCUAUUUUAACGAAGCAAAAAACAUCUGUUCUUGAUUGAUACAAUUCUUUGAAUGCAGAAAUACACAAAAGUCUUUGGAAGAAUUGCUUCAUUAAAGCGAUUCUCUAGUUGCAGAUAAAGAUAGAAGUCUUUGGAAGAAUUGCUUCUUUGAAACAUCCUGAAGAACUAAUUUAACAUUUAUCCUGAUUGACUGCGUAGUCGUUUAAGGCCAUAGAUCUGAACUCAUAAAACUUUUUUCUUUCAAUGGAAAGUAUGCUUGACGCCUGUCGAAGACACAUUAUGGAUGAUUUGGCAAUUGCCUUUGAUUCGUCCCUUUUCAACAUACAAACUCUAUUCAUUCGAUUCAAUUUUUUAUACCAACCUCCUCAUGUUCUUAUAUCCAACAGCCUAUGAAGGGCCACAUCGUUUGACUUGGUAACCAAAUUCGAUUAACUCUGCUCUUUACCAUGGUUUUCUUAGAUUACUAACUCAAUGCACAUUGCACAUGAAAUUGUGUGAAACCACUCUGAGUUUGCCGUUCUGCCAUCAAUCUACGCUUUUAUAAGUUGGUUUGCACUGGGUGGUGUUGUUCAUAUUUUCUUUGUUUUAUCGUGUUUUAUCUUUAUUACACAUUUCUUUUUAAAAGCCAAUAAUAAGACAAGUUUAGGUAAUGAAAAAAGUGCCGGUAAAUUGAAAACAGUGCCGGUAAAUUGAAAACAGUGCCGGUAAAUUGAAAACAGUGCCGGUAAAUUGAAAACAGUGCCGGUAAAUUGAAAACAGUGCCGGUAAAUUGAAAAAAGUACAAGUAAAUUUAAAUUACUUUGAUACCGCAAAAUUUGAAGAUAGCACUCAAAAACGAAGACAUAGCAUACUUAGCCAGCAAAUCUAUCUUCUUUUAAAAGUAUAUCUCUAAAAAUUCGUUACUUGCUUGAGCUUUUAAAAUGGCAAUGUAGAGGAAUGCUGAACCCCCUUAUAGACUUUGCGAAGGAGGCCACAUGGUUGCGCAUUUUUUUAGAUUCUGCAAAGGAGGCUUCAACGCACAGUGCUAAAGUAACUUCUGGCUUUGCUCGGGUCACUAACUUGAUAUUUUUGCACUCAUUGUAAAAAGACCCCGCUGAUAAGAUUAUUAACUCUGCAUAAUUAACCAAGGAAAAAUGUUUUUGAUUAUAAGCAAAAAUCAGUCGCUAGAGUGUACUGUUAACCUGGCAUUCGAGGCAAAAAAUGCUUAGUUUCAAAGCUUUGACUAUAGUUAUGUAUUCUUUAGUUAUGUAUAAAUGGCGACAAAGGUGAAAAGAUGUGAUGAAAUGCUUCUAGACACAUCUAAUAUCCUUGUUAAGCCAUUUACCUAAAUGUUUCCGCUCAGUAUUGCCUAUUUUUGUUUCAUACAAAAUCCAAACACGAGUCGGAUGGUAAAGCUGGUAAUUGCAUUACAUUGAAGUCAAAGUAAAUCACAAGAAAACGGAUAGCUCUUUUCAGUUUCCUCAUUAAUAAUGCACAUGCUAAGUACAUAAAGGGAAUGAAAUCCCCCGUAGCUGCAUUCUGUUGGUGAAUCAAAUCAUUAGAUUGAUUGUUCAGUUUCAUAUUUCCAUUCAAAAUUUUUCACUGCGUGGAUUUCUCCGCUCUGGCAACGAACUGUCAGCUGCCAUCAGCAAAUCCGUUCGCCCAAUGACAGGGGGGGAGCUUGGUUUUCUAAAUAUAAUGUUACCCUUGCUUUUAGGAAGCAUCUGUGAAUUUCUCAGUGAUUUGUUUUGUUUUGAAUGGUGACAUGUUUGGAACCGCACAGCUAACUGGGAAAAACUGAGGCAGUGUGAGCUAUUACUGUGCAGAGGAAAGGAAAUGGUUUGCUUGUAGCACGGUUUGGAAAAAUAAGAUGACAUGUUCUCAUGUUAGUCUUCCAUGAUCCAAAAGCAGUUUUUCCCAGAUUUACUGGAAGGGGAAUGAUUCAUUUGUGGAAUAAAGACGCAUUUGCAGCCCUUAUCGCACAUAAAAGCGGACUGUUCUCCAUUUCAUGAUAUAUUUGCAUUACUUCUAGAAUGCCAAGCUCUGUUUCUUGUCUACCUGCUCCAUCUUUUACACAUCAGUUCCAUUUUCACGAUAAAUUUUUCAUCAUAACUAUCACAAAGAGAGGUUUUCCAUAAGCUGCAAGCUUACAGCAGCCAUACCGUGUUGUAGUAAAAAGUAAAGUACAGAUUGCAAAUGCUAUUCCAACAGUUAUUUUUCCUAAGAAAAAGAAGAGAAGAGAAGAGAAGCUUUUGGGAGAAGUGUUUCUUUGCUGCCAAAAAGUAUCUCCACUGACCUUCCUCAAGGUAUACUUCAUGUUCAAAAGCAAACGAGAUGCCUUGAACUAAACAGCCUGUUUUGCAGCGAAGCCGUGGGUCGCAUAGUUAGUUUGCUUUGUGUAAUGGUAUACCCCUAAUGAGAUUUCGGUAUUUGUUUCUUUGCUUGUUAGGUGACCAAGCAUCAGUGUAACCGAUAAUUCGAUGUUACAGAUCGGCAAUUGGCUUUUCUGUGCCAAUUUAGUGUAACGUGAUCAGGCUGUAAUUUGUUCAAGGAAAUCUGCUUAAGAUUCCAAAUGUGAAGCUAACUGAACCAUUAUUCUUUAUAGCUGUUAUGCUUUUCUGUCCAGAAAGAAGUGAUGGAUUCCUUCCCAAACAUGAUGACUUUGCUCGUAUGCCUACAGCUCUAUUCACAGAAGAAUCUUCCUAUUGCUUGUCCAAUGGUUACAUUGCUGUUACUCAAAAGAUGUUUUCUGCAAUAUUCUUAAUAACUGUAUUUCUAUAUACAAAUUUCAUGUUUCUGUAUAUUCGGCCUAAGUCUCUGGUUGAUGCUCGAUUAGGCCAAAGUCCCUGUUAAUAGUUGAAUUCAAUAAAAAGCAAUUUGUUUCUAUACUUUAAAAACUACUUUAUGCCAGGAGAAACUGUAAGUGAGCGACAGGACCCAAAAGAACAGGAACCUGCCACCUGUAACAUUGUACGUUGUGUCUUAAAAAUCUGUGCUAUAUAUUCAGUUAGAUUAAUUAAGAAUUGAUUUAUUAAAGUCAAUACUUUAUAUAUGCUGAACACCUUCUUAUCUCCGGAAGAAAGUCUAGUUGCUUCUUCUUGAGUUUCUCUUUACUUCGAUGUUUCAAUUUCUCCUUCAUAUUAAAUUUCAAGUAGCCACACGAAGUCUUGGAAUCUAAUGUAUUAUUUGCUACAUGGUGUGGUGAUCCUGUAGUGUAUGUAUAAAGACCAAAAUGCCGUCUCUCUUUUAUUCGAAAGUUCCACUCUCUCUAAAGACAUUUCUUAAAAGCGACAUACCCCUCGUCGGUUGUUGGUAAAUCGAGAGACUCCGCUGAUUUUUACCUGAGUUUGAAAGGAAUAAACAUUCCCUAGUUUCCUAAGAGUCGAUAGAGCGACGUAGCGUCAGCUGGUAAUUGUUUUCACAGCACUGUCCUUAGAAUGGAUCCCUGGCGGACCGUGUGGUGCUUCGUUUAUUGAGCAAGUGUCUUUAUUAUACUUUUAUACAUAAAUAAUGUGCUAGAAAUUUCACCCUGUCAAUGGCCUCUGAGAUUCCCCCUAGCACUAUCAUGAUUACCUUCCAAAGUCUCCAUGUCUGAUGGCUUUUAUGAUGUAAUGGUUCUCUAUCAGCCGUUAUGUCACUAUAAAUUAUGAUUUUUUCGAUGAAUUCGGUAUGGUUUAGAAAAUCACCUUUUCAUACAUUAAUAGUAUAAUCAAGAUUGUUUUUAACAUAGAUGUUCCAAAUGUUUCGUAUUGAAAAAAACCACCAAACCAUAAUUCCAGAAACUCUUCUGAGUCUUGCAACUACACAAAAACAAUCGCUUAACUCUUUCUUUUAAGAAUCUAAAAUAAUUGUUCCGAUAUAGUUUCAUCUUUGCAAAUCUGAAAUAAUUUUACCUGCUCAUUUUUUACAAUCACUGCCAAAAUUACUUGGAACACCCAACAUUUUGCGCUGUGCUUUUCUAUUUUUCAUUUGUUUUCCCGAAUACAAAUUAUUCCGUCCCCAUUCCCCCC